AUGUUUUCCGUUCCCCUUCGAUUACAAAGUAGGACGACAUUGGCCUCAUUUGGUUUCUAUGUGAAGAACUGUCCAGUCCUAAACUUGAUAAGAGCUGCGUCAGCCGAAGGACCGUGUGGCUGCUUCGACAAAGGUGCAGCCAGCGGCAGCAGCGGACCCAAGAGCAAGCACCAGAUAACAUAUCAACCGUACAGGAUGCCUGAGUUCAAGCCGCAUGAUAAGAAAAACAUGGACUUAAACAGACCUAUGUCCCCUCAUCUACUUAUUUAUGCGCCUACUGAACCAGCCAUGACUUCCAUUGUGGAGAGGAUUACAGGCGUUAUAUUAACCUUUUAUGCUAUCCUACUCUCCUGUGGGACCCUAUUCCUGUCGAACGGAGUGGAAACCUACGUCAGUAUUAUACAGAGCUUGGAUCUAUCGAGGCCGAUGAUAUUUCUCAUAAAACUAUCGCUGGGAGCGCCGUUUGCCUUCCACUAUUUCAAUGGUAUUCGCUUCUGUCUCUGGAACGCGGGCAAAAUGCUCGCCAUGAAAGAUGUUCAGGAUUCCGCCAAAAAGGUGUACAUUGGCACCGCUGUACUCUCACUUCUCUUUGCGAUUUUGUAA